AUGGGUCUGUCAUUUGCUAGCCCCUUGAGCUCUAAAAUAGCUCUUGAUAUCGGUGGUCUCUUAUAUUUGCAUCCUAGUGACUCAAGUGCAUGGACUAUUGUUAGUAUUAAAUUGAAAGGGACUGGGAAUUAUGUUGUUUGGUCUAGUGCUAUGAAACUUGCUUUAGAAGCCAAGAACAAGUAUGGGUUUAUAGAUGGCAAAUGUGAGAAUUCUAAGGAUGAUGAUGUUUUGGCUAAUCAGUGGGAUAGGUGUAAUUCUGUUGUGCUAACUUGGUUAUUGAAUUCUAUUUCUGAAGAACUUUUUCUUGGUCAAGUUUUUUCUAAAUUGGCUUCUGAGGUUUGGACUGAUUUAAAAGAGUUGACAACUAUGUGGAAGCAAUUUGAUGCUAUGCUUCAUCUGCCUUCAUGUUCUUGUCAAGCUGCUAAAGAUUACAAUGAUUUUGCUACACUAAUAAAAUUAAUGCAAUUUCUCAUGGGUCUUGAUGAUGUUUAUCAGCCUAUAACCAAAUUGUUGAGUUUAGUUGGUGAGAAGAAUGGGACUGAUUUACAAAACUCAAACUUGGGAGAUUCUGGUGCUAGUCAACAUAUGAUUAACAAUGAUAAAGAAAUGUUUAACAUUGUUGAUGCAUCUGAAUUUGAUCUCAAAGUUGGCCAUCCUAAUGGAACAAGUGUUAAGGAUUCCAAAUCAAGGAAAGUCAUGGUGAUUGGUAGUCAGGAUAGUGGUUUGUAUUUUGUUGGUAGUAAUGGUAAUUCAGUGAAUGUUUGUUUUAAUAGAUUUGUCAAAUCUAAUUUGUGGCAUAGUAGAUUAGGCCAUCCUUCUGAUCAGGUCUUGGCUGUGUUGAAAGAGAAUCUUGAUGUUAAAAAUGUUGAACAUGGACCUUGUGAGAUAUGUCAUAGGGCUAAACAGAAUCAUCAAGUGAUUUUGGAUAACGUUGCGAAGGCUAAUAUGAUAAAAGCACUUAUAUAUAGGAAGUACCAGCGGCGUAUACACCAUGCCCUUAUCAUAUUACACUUGCCUCAUUAUCCUUGA